AUAUUAUGCAUACGUAUGAGGCCGACGUCCAGUAUUUCAGUUCUGAAUCAGGAAGUAACGUGUUACAACUUAAGUCCUCAGACAUCUGAAGAACACUACAAUGGGCUGACUGACGAUAAUAUAGACUACAUUAUGGAGAAAUAUUUUGCACCGUGCCUUCUACUGUAUGUUAUCGCUGGCUGUUUUGCUGACGAUCUGACUUACUUGAACGGGUUCUACUCUAAAACGCCCCAGAGACUGUCCAAAUACAGCUGGUUCGGCAAUGUUCGGCUCCAUCACUUCAGAGUACCGGAAGAUGCGGUGCUCCUGCGGUGGCUGCUCACCGUCUCACGGGGAUCCGGACUGAACUGUGAAAACCAAAACAUCACUGUGCACUUUAGGGCAGGAGCGCCCCCAGUCAUCAACCCUAUAGAAACAGCCUUUCCAAACUCCACUUCUGUGUCUCUUGCUCACAAUUUGACGCUGACCAUUCCCAGUGGACACAGCAGCAAUGUGACACUGUUCAAUGUGACCCAUCCCAAACCUGGAGACUGGUUCCUUGCUGCUCACCUGCCCAAGGAUGAAGGGAAGAUAGAGCAGCAGGGACUGCCGUCUUGCUCAUACCUAUUUCAGGCACAGAUGUUUUUAAGGAGAGCUGCUGACCUGCCAAUCCUGCAGCACAACAUUCCACUCUAUCAAACACUAACUACAACUCCAGCUCUGUUUAAGGUCUUUGUUCCAGAGUUCACCUCCAGGUUGGAUGUUUUCAUCUUGAACUGUUCUGGAAAGCUGGGAAAUGAUUGUGGGCUGUUAAUCACUGUAGGCUCCAGCACUUUGAGGCAGGGCUCAGAGGUGAAACAGAACUGUUCAGGGUUAGAGAGCUGCUCCACAUCGGUCCUCAUUCCCCCGUGGAACAGCUGGUUGCUGGUUACGGUUGAGACCAGUCAACCAAACACCACCAUACCUUUCAGCAUCUCUGCCAAUGUCACAGUGGGAUGUAAACCUUUGAGCGUCUCUUCAGAUUUCAACACCUCAGCCUUCAUUCGUACCAUCAUAGCUCCCCAAAGCAACAGCUCAGGUGGCCUCAGUAACACAUCCGUUUCCACGAGAGACCAACCGGGCGUCCGUGCUAACAGCUCUGAGCCAGUGUGCAUGAGAAGCCCUUCAGUGCUCAGAGAUGAACAGGAUGUGCUAUCACUACGCUUCAUCAUUUCCAGCAGCAACCUAACCGUGACCUCAGACCUCCCCACUGUGCUCACUCUUGAGCACUCUCCUGGUGACAGUGGCGGCACGUUUAUUGUACAGCUUCACUUGAACACUAGUUCUCUGGUUGGUGGAUUUGCUCGUGUCAAAGCAUGUCUCACACCUUCUGCUCCUGUACUUCAUGUCAACCUCAGCCAGACUUGUGCUACAGGGCUUAUGCAGGGCUAUUCUCUGAGCGUGAGCAGCAAUGAAUCGCAGGCACUGUUGAGGAUUCCGUUUCCAGACGCAGCAGUGUGGUACCUCAGCCUCCAGACCGUGUGCAAUGACAGUGUUGACUGCAGGAAUGCAUCCGCGAAAGUGAGUGCGUCUGUGAGUGUGAGUGCGUGCAUUGAUGACUGUGGACCGUAUGGAGAGUGCAGACUGCUACGCACGCACAGCUACUUCUAUGGCGCAUGUGUGUGCAAAGCAGGUUGGCAGGGAUGGGGCUGUACAGAUGGAGCGACUGCGCAGUCGUACUCCCGGCAGAUGGCUGCAGCUCUGCUCCUCACCCUCAGUAACUUUUUCUUCAUCCCACCCAUCGUCGUAGCACUUUACAGAGGCUACCAUGUUGAGGCCGCCAUCUACUUCUUUACCAUGUUUUUCUCCACGUUUUAUCAUGCAUGUGACCAGCCCGGUGUGACUGUGAUGUGCAUCAUGGACUACGACACUCUCCAGUUCUGUGAUUUCUUGGGUUCUGUUGUGUCUGUGUGGGUGACCAUUGUGUGCAUGGCACGGCUCCAGGAUCCAGUAAAAUAUCUAUUGUUUAUGGCGGGCACUCUAGUCAUUUCUAUGGCGAUGCAGUUGGACCGCAGGGGGCUUUGGAACCUUUUAGGUCCUGUCCUGCUUGCUUUGGUCAUUAUGGUCACUUCCUGGAUUUAUCGAGGAGUGAAACGGCAUCAAUGCUACCCUCCGUUGUGGCGCCGCUGGGUGUUGUUCCUGCUUCCAGGCAUCAUAUCUGCAUUGAUUGGUGUGUGUGUGUACGUCUUCGCUCAGACUGACAGCAACUACUACUACACUCAUUCCAUAUGGCAUGUCAUGGUGGCCACGAGCGUUGUCUUCCUCUUACCACCCCGCGAAAAACACAUUCCCCCCUGGGGCUGGACCAACAAAAUCUGUAGCUACAGGAGAUGUAAAAAUGAGAAAGUAGAGCUUUACACCGUCACCUAAAUACACUGCUAUGGAUAUUUGCACAAACUGUGCAUUUUAAAAGUUUUACAAACAUUAGUGGCUAGCUUUAAGAAACACGUAAAGCUUUAUCUGAAAGAUUCUCCUCUGCAGUCGCCAGUGCGACUGUACACACACUAAUAACUACUUAAAGGAAUAGUUUACCCAAAAAUGUAAUUUUUACUGUCAUUCUAAACAUAUAAACCAAAUCAAUGGAACAAAACAGGAGAUUAUUGACAAUUCAUAGUGACCACAUCAAUCAAGUGAAUAUUAACAGUGAAUAACAAACUUUUUUUUUUCCUACACAAAGCUAUUGUAUGACUUCAGAAGGCUUUAAUACUACAUUUAUGGUGCUUUUUGAUGAAUGAAAACUUCUCCUUUUGUGUUUCAUGGGAAAACAUAAAAACUGCUCACAGGUUUGAAUGACAUGAGGGUGAGUAAAUAAUGCCAUAAUUUGCAUUUUUGAAUGAACUAUUCCUUUAAACAGGAUACUUUUACACUUUUUAACUUUUCAAAUGAGUGAUUUCACAGAGAACAACAGCAAUGCCAAUAAUUUAAGAACCAAAACAAACAAAAGGCAACUUAGUUAGUCAUUUGAUCCAGUUUACUCCAUGAAGCACUUUUGUGAGUUCAAGUUAUCAGUUAAUUACACUGCAUUUGUCAUGUUCUUUGUGGACAAAUGUCACAUUUUUUAUCUCUUUUGAGAAAAACACUACUGAUUUCUAGGUUUAUUCAGCACUUUUGUCAGUUGAUUUUUAUAGCACUUCAUUGAAUCUGCACCCACAGAACUGGGAUUAUUUCUGCAGAAUUUUUUUUUUUUUUAAAAUAACACAUAUAACUCUAAUUAAAUACUUCUCACAGAAUUCUGUAAAUUUUCUUUCAAAAUCAGCACAGAAAAUAAAGAAAUUGCAGAUUCUGUCUGGACCUACUUAUGACGUUGAGGAUUGUGUUGGGCAUUUUCAUUACCAGAGAGGACCGUUGUCUGUGUCUCUGAACUAUUGUCUGCUUACACUGGAGAACAGGUGCAAUAGUUCCUCGAUUAAUAGUCAGAAUUGUUUUACACUAUUAUUUAUACCACUGUCAGGAAUGUACAAGAAAUGACCUCCCUUCUUCCUCCCUAAAAGCCUUGGAGUUUUUCUUGAGAUGUUGUUCUUCCGUUUCCGAGGGGAGGAACUUCUUAAACUCGCUUAAAAUUGCUUUUGCUUGAGCCAGUAUGUGAAAUUAUGCUUGUAUGCCAGUAUGAUUGGCUCCUUACUAGGUUGAAGGUGUGUGUUUGUAAUGGGUAUCUGACGUAUGGUGACCUGAUGUAUUUAAGAUGAACUUCUGUAUUGGUCAAGGCUUUACAUUGAUAUGCAUAAUGUUGUACUUCUGAACCCUCAGGCCAGUUUAAACUUGAAGAGGCAUCUGUGGACGUUCUUUUAAGAUUUAAAUUUACAUAGCAGCUGUCCUUUAAAGAUCGUAUGUAUGUAAAUCAGUGUCCCCGUUUUCCAUUUAACGUGAUUCAUCUCUUGUUUUUCCAGAGGUUAGGGUUGGAAUAUUUUACAGAUGUUUUACAAUGUUUUAUAUUCAUUUUGUAUUGGAAUUGAUAUUGAAAAGAGCUAAACUAAGAUAUAAUAGUUUCAUUUGUAAAUCUGUGAAUCCCAAAACCUUUUCUUCUUUCUUAUGGGAUUUAGCUUUAAUUUAAUAUUGUUUAUCGUGACAAUCCUUGUUUUUCUUUGUGUCCAUAGGCCUUGUAAAUAGCACAAAUAUGCACUUGUGUUUGUGGUUGAGAAUGAGGCAGUGCAGUCACAGAGAUUAUGGUUAAUUCUUUAAGUUCCUUUAUUCUUGUUUUUAGUCAUUUUUUAUUUGUGCUCUUGAUUUCUGUUUCCUUUUUUUCUGAAAAUGAUUUGUAAUCUAUAUGCCAAUAAAUGGAGAAAUAAAUAAUUCAAUGAUUAUUUAAAACUGGCUUCUUAGAUGU